AUGGCAGCAUGUGGACUUAAAGGAAUUAAAUAAUAAUAAAAUUAAUCGGUUAUUAAAAAUAUACAUCCAGUUAUUAAAUGUAUCCUUAUGGCAAAUGAAAUGCUUAAUCAAGCAAAAAAAACUAUUUAUGGAAAGUUAUAAAAAUCUAUUAAAAUAAAAAUUGGAAUACAUUAUGGAGAUGUAAUAGCAGGAGUUAUAGGAGGGCAUAAACCAUAAUUUUCGUUGAUUGGAGAUACGGUAAAUACAGCCUCUAGAGUAUGCUUUAAUGGAGAAGUGGAUUGUAUAACAAUUUCUAAUGAUGCUAUGAGUUCUUGUAUAGAUGAACAUAUAUGA